CUCUAUCUGCGUCUCUUCACCUUUCUCAAUUCCCCCGACACCAGCAGGAUCCUGCUCAGUUGAUUUCUGGCUUCCCUCUCCCUGAUUCUAGGGUUUCCAAAAAUCUUAUCACCCGAAAAUAUUACACUUUUCAACAAAAUAAUUAUUACCUUUUCUAAAUCUCCCUAACUCUAGGGUUUCCUCGUUCAUAUCUAGGGUGCCGAUGCGGUUGAAUUGAGUGGCUUUUUCGUUUUUUGCUUCUUCUUGUGUAGAAAGAUCUGAUAAAAGAGCGAGCCAGGAAAAACGAUGGCCCCGCUUUCCGAUAAAGAACUGGAAGAACGCCUUACCGCUGCUGGGAGCAGUCUUCUUCAGCCUCCCUCUUCCCUCGAUGAACUCUUGUCUCUUCUCGAUCAAAUCGAAGAGUUUUUAUCAAAAGUGGAGCAGUCACCUGCCAAAUCCAUGCAAGCUGCUCUUUCUCCACUGAUGAAGGCACUAGUUGCCGAGGAGCUCGUGAAGCAUCCUGAUGUAGAUGUAAAAGUAGGUGUAGCUUCUUGCAUCAGUGAAAUAACCAGAAUUACUGCACCAGAUGCUCCAUAUGAUGAUGAAAAAAUGAAGGACGUCUUCCAACUGAUUGUUUCAUCGUUCGAGAAUUUGGCGGACGUGUCCAGCAGAUCCCAUGAGAAGAGGGCCACUAUACUUGAAACUGUGGCCAAAGUCAGGUCCUGUGUCAUCAUGUUGGAUUUAGAAUGUGAUCAGAUGAUUAUUGAGAUGUUCCAGCACUUCCUUAAAUCUAUUAGAGUUUAUCAUACUGAAGUCAUCUUUGCAUCGAUGGAGACAAUUAUGACUCUUGUUGUGGAGGAAAGUGAAGAUAUCUCCCCAGAUCUACUCAAUCCAAUUUUGGCUACGUUGAAAAGUAACAAUGAGGCUGUUAUGCCAAUUGCAAAGAAGUUGGCAGAGAGAGUUAUCCAGAAUUCAGCAGAUAAGCUGAGACCCUAUUUAGCACAAGCAUUAAAAUCAUUAGAUGCUUCUUUGGAUGACUAUGGUGAAGUUGUAGCUUCUGUGUGCCGAGAGGAUGCUGGUACACUCAGGCAUAGUAAUGAAAGCAUCUUAGAAGACCAGCCGGUUAUUGAGAGGAAGACAAGUGCUUCUCCAGCUCGGGAUCAGGUGGCUAAGGAUGGCAGAGAAGAGAACAAUUCUCAAGAUAAAGUUCCCACGGCGAUUAGAUCACCAAAGUCAGUGGUCAGUAAUGGUAUCAAUGACACUGGGAAUGUCGAAGCUAUCACCGACAUAAAUUCAAUGAAGAAGGCUGAUUCUAACCAUCAAGUUGAUGCCAAAUCAAUUUCCAAAGUUGAGUCCGAUAAUUGUAAUGCUGAGAAACCAGUGAACUCGGAAUCUAAACUAGAUCAAGCAGAAGCUCAGCAGCUGCCACAUAAUGAUGAAAUUUCCAGUAAAGAUGCUCAUAUUUCUUCCGAGGUUAAAUCUGUUCAAGCAGCCAAGUCUUCGGAUAACGAGGAAGACACUAGCGUUCGGCUUUCACCUUCAAAACCUCCUGAGAAUGAGGCUGUAGAUGUGGCAUCUCCAACCCGAAGUGGCAGUCUUCUCGAUGAAAAUCAAUCUAAAAAGGAUCUGGCAAAGAGGAAGGAGAACUUGGUUAGGGAAGAAACAGAAUCUGGUGAUAAUGCUUCUAAGAAGAUAUCUGAAGAAGAAUAUAUUUCAGAAGCAAAAAAGCAAAGACGAUCUGGUAAAAAGCGAGAUGAUGAGAUAUCUGGGAAAAAGAGAGAUGACGAGACAUCCAGGAAAAAGAGAGAUGAUGAGACGUCAGGGGGAAAGCGAGAUGAUGAGACAUCUGACAAGGAUAAAGCAGUAGCUGAAGAAGGUGAAUCCAAGAACAACGAUGAUGGUACAAGUGAUUCAGAGGGAAGAUCUCUGGAGCAGACAGAGAAGCUGGGGGAUGCUAGUGUCAAGAUGGAGGAUGGGUCCUCAUUCAAGAAGGAAGAUGGCAGAAAGUUUGGACGUGCCAAACCCCUGUCUGGAAAAGAGGUCCUGAAAUCUUCUGCUAGAGAAGAUAAUGGGAAAGACCCAGUGUCUUCGCCAAGUUCACCUUUAAAAUCAACAAAAGAUGAAGGCAUCCAGGAAGAAACCCCUAAAACAAGUACCAAGAGGAAGCGAACUCAAGGCACAGAGAAAGCAUCUGAGACUAUCGAGUAUGGCGAGAAUUUGGUUGGUUCAAAAGUGAAAGUUUGGUGGCCAAAAGAUAGGAUGUUUUAUGAGGGAGUAAUUGCAUCAUUUGAUCCUGUCAAGAAGAAGCACAAGGUCUUGUAUACUGAUGGUGAUAAGGAAGUACUAAAUCUCAGAAGAGAACGGUGGGAAUUUAUUGGGGAUGACUUGGUCUCAGAUGGGGACCAAGAUGGUGAACAUUCAAGUCAUGAUGCUUCCUCUGACAUGCAAAGGAAGAAGAAAGGUAAUACAAACUCUGAAAUGUCAAGCAAGCGCCGAAAGGUGGAUGGUUCACCGAAAACUAAAAUUAAAGAUACUGCAACAAAAUCUGGUGGCAAAUCUAAGGAUGACGGCAAAGUAGAGUCAGAGUCCAAAGACAACUCCAAGUCCAGUAAAAAGUCUGCAGAUGAUACCAUUAAAUCUAAAGAUCAUUCUCAGAGACCUGGUGCCAAAAAUCUAACUGAUUCCGCAAAAGCAUCUGGUAGAUCCAAAGAUGAUGCGAAAACUCCAAGCCACUCGAAACAAGACAGCCAAAGGAGCGCGAAGUCUAAGGGCAAAACCCCACAAAGUGGCAAAACCCCACAAAGUGGCAAAACCCCUGGUGCCAGUGGUACAAGAAUGACAAAAUCUAGUUCAUCAAAGGUGAAAGAAACUGAUCGGAUGAAGGAAAAAAGGGCAGAAUCGGCGAAAUCAUCAGAAAUGGUCAAGGGGAAAUCCACAGACACAGCAAAGUCAAGAGAAAGUGAGAGUAAAAGUGGAAAGAAGCGAAGAAGAUGAAAUAAUCUGUAUCCGGUCCUCUCUUGGGCUGCUUUCACCUGUCUUUUGUUAACUUCGACCUCUCCUGCAGGUUUCUUUAGAGUUGGAUGCUAAACUAGGUACUGGUAUCAUAACUGUGUCUUAACUCUUCAACUCUUCGUCAUAUUAGUUAGUGGCGUUAUGCUGACAGUAGGCUCUAGUUGAUAUUGUGUUUUGUGAUUGAAUGAUUGGAGUGUCGGCGCUAGUAAUGUAUUGUGUCCCAUAUUACUUUGCAGUCGCUCCAGUAGUAUUGAAACAAAGGUGCAGCAGCCUCUUAAAGAUUGGUUAUUCAUCCUGAGACAAAAAGGAAUAUGCAUUUCAACCUCACUGUGAUAUCGCAUGUACAUCAACAAUUAGGAGCGUUUAGGUUUUUGAAAUAUCAUCCUGAAUUGCAGUC